AUGUUUGGCUGCAUAACACAUCAGCCAAGACGAAACCGUUUACGUAACUAUGAGGAUGAGCCUCCAAAUCACAGAUCGCGUUCGUAUGAGACUGCAAAUCCAGCCGAAACCCCAGCGAUCAAGUACACGAGCCGUCACUCGUCCUUACCAGCGAAGCCCGCAGAUCUAUUGAAAGGCAAUACAUCGCCCCCUCCACAACAGAGCGGAUCUCUCAGAUUGGACAAGUGGAUCUCACAUCUGCUUAACGAAGCCGAACCAGCAUCCUCAAUUCAGUACCUAGCUUCAUUCCGGUUCUCGUCAGCGAUGCCAGGAAUAUUCGCUUGGAAGAAUCGUAUUCUUGGUCGAAAGACGCCGGAACCGGAAAGAGCGGUGCAGGUGACGGUUCUAAGAGAGCCAGUUGAUCGCGAUUUGCACAAUCACACGCCGAGAAGGAGCGUGAGGUUCAACGACUCUCGCAACGAGUUCAGCCAGUACAACUUGCCUGAUUGGCAGAACGACUAUGGAGAAGCUAGAGUGAUUGCAUCAGUCAGUCCCGCGAAUCAUAAUGGAGUGGAGAAACGCGAACACCCUUCCACAGACUGGCGUUAUGCGGACUCGUAUCGGAUGUCGAUGGCUCCAUUGGCAUCGUCCGAAAUGCUGGACGACGAGUCGUCAGCACAACGUCGUUUCGGCUCCUCCUCUACCACCAGCAAAGCGGGAGCUGUUUUGCAGCACUUACGAGAACAGAAUGAACAUCCAGAGUACGCUGAGCCAAGACGUCCAUCGUCCACAUUGCCUGCAAUGGGAGCCCGACCGAUUACUCCCGUGCGAGGACCAGGUCAAAGUAAUUUCGGAGGGACGGCGGCGACAAUGUCACGAUGGGAGGCGAAUAGAACCGAACAGCUCUCCCAAAAUGGAGGCUACUCGACGCCAGGGAGGCAGCUCGAACAGAUGAAUGUCGUCUUUCUACAAGCAAAUGACGAAGUCAAAAGAGCCAUUCUACCUCCGGAGGUGCACAGUUUGGAGCAGGUUAAAAUGGCUUUUGUUCGUGCUUUUCCAAACAUUUCUAGACACUACAUCGAACAACCAUCGAUUAAAAUCUACAUCCAAGAACCAUCGAAAGGACAACUUUUUUAUGAAUUGGAUGAUCCAAGCGACAUUCGCAACAAGUCAGUCCUAAAACUUCGUGAACAUUCGAUCACCGGAACGCAAUCACCUGCACGUUUCCUCGACCAACCGGACUAUUUGUCGGAGACAGAAAACGACGACGGCAGGCAUCGGUUCGUCUCGCUUGCUCGCCCAGCGUCGGCAAUGGCACACUCAGAUUAUCGCAAAAACUCCCAGAAGAACUAUGAAUCGUACGAUUCCUACGGUAGCGACACAAGCAGCCAUGAUUCUCGUUCAGUGACGCGAAGUGGAUCCGCCACGCCCAUCAUUGACAAAGAGUCCAGGGCUCGUAUGGAGACGAUGGAACGCCAACUUGCCGGACUCUCCAGCCUCGUGCACUCAGCCUUGGUAAGCAGAGGCAUGAGCGAAAGCAGCAGGAAGGACAUGGCCGACCUACGACGAGAGAUCCUCGCAUUGCAUCCAGACGCUGAACGAGCGGCUUCGGAAGAGCCGCCUUCACUACCUGACAGCCUUUCUUCACACACGCAAAGUCAACUCGAUCACCUUCGUCACAAACUGCGUCAAGCAAGUUCAGACAUGAAACAGCUGAGAAGAACCGCACAGGUGAACGCUCAGAAUGCUAGAAAUUACAUAAAUGAAGCAGGCGAAGAGAUUGCUCGUCUAAUAUCGCAAAAGAUGAUCACGUCAUCCAUUAAGGAAAACCUCAGAAUAGACUUUGAUGGAGUUCACGGACCUCAGAGGGAAGAAACGAAUAAGGAGCGGAGAAACCACGAACAGAGAUUAACGCGACUACUCGAAGGACUAACGAAAUUCGAGAACAACGUAGAAGCCGUGAGAAGCAGUGUGCUGACAAGCAACCGAAAAUUGCGAAUGUCUGAAGUAGAAUCGCUGACGGAAGGUCUCACUCAGAUUGGAAGAGAGGCGGCGACCCUCAAAACUGAAUUUCCCCCAAUCCACUCAGCAAUAGAAUCACAAAUUAAAGCUGACAUGGAGAGGAUUGUUCGCGAGGAAAAAUACAUCCGAGAUCAAACGGCAGCCGUAGAUCAGAGUCUCAGAAGGUGCAAGGCCCUUGCAAACAUAAUGGUAACUAUGAAGAAACUGGCCAUGGUGCAAGAUCCCACCAUACAACGUUCCAAAAAGGAGUUCAAUUCUUCUUCCACGGUGCCCGGCUCCUCACCAGCGCCAGCGCUCGCACCGCCACCGCCUCCUCCACCACCGCCUCCUGUGCCGCCGCAGCCUGCUGCGACCAUUGUGGAUACCGCAAAUAGCAAAACUAAUACAACCAAAAUCAACCCACCUUCAACAAAUUUUGCUUCAAACGCAACCACACCGCUGAUGAACAAUAUGAAACAUGCAGACGUCCAUUCCAAUGCCAUUGCACAACCUACGACGAAUGGUUAUCAAUCGAAAGGAGUGGAAAUCACCCCAAACAUCUCGAAGAAUACGUCCGAACUGCUUCCACCACUCUCAAGUCAGCCCAGUUCUUCACCGGCAGCAGAGUUGGAUACCGUACUAGAAGAGGUUGCUCCAACUGGUAUACCUCCGCGACCGCCAAGCAGAUAUUCCGUGCAAGAUGUUCGUAUGAAAUUCCAAAGGCCACCCGAACUUCCCGAACAAGUCAAGAGCCUCAUAGAUGAAGUGGCUCGGCGAGCAUCACCUGGUCCUGACACGAACGAACGGAGAAUAGACUUAGAAGAGCGACAGGAGCGCUUGGCGGAGAAGCAGCGUCAACUUCGCUCCCAGUUCCAGCAACUCCAACAAAUGACGCCUUUACCAUGA